AUGACUCAACCAGGAUCAAGAGUGGAAGCUGAAAGGGGCAAUUCCACGUUGAGGCGACGUGUGCCAAAUGUAAAGCGCGAUGAGUAUCAUCACAAAACUGUGUCAUCGGAAGAAAUCCUGAUGCCAGCACGAGUAUUUCCAGGGGGAACGCGGCGGGAUCUUCUGAUGGGCAUCCACUCCAACUCCAACUCGGCAUCACCCGAGCCAGUACAAAAAAUGCAUGACAAAAGCAGUUAUCCUGCUGACUGGGAUCAAACCCGUCACGACCAUCAUUUCCAUUGGCAUAAGGAAAGUCAAAUAAAAUAUUUGCACAAUAAUGUUCGUUAUUCCAACACUCCAACCCCUCGUCGACAGUCGGUUCCUCCUCGACGCUCGGUUGUUCAUCGACGCACAGCUCGAGGGAGGUCGACUUCAUCUCUAAGGCAGAGCUCACAUGAUACUUUGCAUGUCACGUCCUAUAGCCCCUAUAGAGUUCCAUUGAUUAUUCCUGAUGACAGGUGGCCCUUCAAAAUCAACAGCGGUCGCAGAAGCGUCUACCGUGGAAGCAAUGAAUCAGGUGGUUCAAUGCAAAGAGAAAAAGAUUGUUCUUCUAUAUCCCCUUCCUAUGAAGAAGCGAAUGAUUCGGGGAUCUUGUUGAACUUGCAUCGGCACAGUUUGUUUGUCUAUGAUAACCCAGAAAAGACUCAUGAAGGGGAACCAGGUUGGAGGACGUUUGUGUCGACUGUCUUUGCCCCACCUUGCACAGAAUCUACCGGCAGCGCGCGAAGAACAAUGACCAGCCCCAGCAGAGUUCCUGUCACGAGGAUAGAGGAGGAGCGUCAUGCAACACCAAACAGAGUUGUUUUUGGCUUCAAUGCUGCCGAGGCUGUUGAAGUGUUUGACGAUCGAGUUAUCUCACCACGGCGGAGAACAAUAAUGGAGUCUGAUGCGCCUUCACAUCAUAUACGGGAUGCAGGACGGAUUUCGCAUCGGCCUACUGAAAUCAUUGUGCCGGAAAGAGUGGGCAAGAAAAGGGCGGGUUCACAACGCCUUGUGUUUCCGAGCGAAAAGGGAGAGGAAUCUCAAGUAAAAAUCCCUACGCUAGCAUCAACUGGGGCGGGCGUUGAAUUGCCAGCUUCUGUCGAAAAAAACCAGGAGGAGGAAGGUGGGGGAGAUGCGGCUUGCCCCGAAGCCAACAUCCCCGUUGUCUCUACGGCCUUCAUUUCCACCCCCGUAUUUGAGAUGGGGGUGAAGGAUACGACACCAACUCCCCUCUCGCAUAAUGACACAAAUGAGUUGAACACGAAGUUCCCCUUAACUGUGCAUGACGCUGCCGUACCCAUCAUGGCGGCGAAGAAGAGCAGGGGGCUCAAUGAGGUGCCCUCUAAUGAUCUUGAUGAAGUGAGUGAGUUGCAUGACGGAAGCGUCGCACUGGGGGAGAAAAUUGCAAAAUCCACUAAUGCAUACGCCAGUAAUGGGUCAUCAACGUUGAAGAUCCCCAGCAGAAGAACAAAGCCGCUUUCACCAGCAAAACCCCAGAAUGAACCAUCUGCGAAAUCCACAACCGCUGCGUCCCUUUCAUUCAAGAGUUCGAAAAAGUGGAAACAAGACACCGGAGGUGUCUUAGAAAAGCCAACUCACAAGGAGCUCACGUCAGGUCCACGGACGUUUGCCUAUACAAGUGUGAAAAAGAAUAACGGCAGUCUUCAUAUGAGUCAACGGAAUGCUGCAUUUGCUAGGGAAGACUUGACAUGUCAGGCCUUGCUUAGCGGUGGAACACAAGAGUUGGCGUUUGCUGGUAUGGGUGAGCGUCCAGCUGCAUCUAGCGAAGCGAAAAAUGCGGCUGGAUGCAAUACCGUGAUGAGCGACACUGCAGCGGAUAACGGCGAAACUCUGACUGUUGAUUUCCCUGAUAAAUGUUCCGGGGAGGCUGCUGCUUCUUCUUUCAGUACUACUGUCUCGUGGCCGGUACCAUCGUGCCCGGGUAACGCUGCACGCACGCCUGUAUCUUUGCCUACAGCUGACUUCAUGGUGCGUUGCCUCUUGGAUACCUGA